AUGCCAGCGCCGUCACUGGCCGGAGCCCAAGUAUUCGGUAUCUCCCAGCAGCAGCGGUGGAUACCGAUGCAUCGUGAGGGUCAACAACCGAGAAUACCAGACCCCUCACGUCCAAUCCUCUCAGGAGACAGCAAGAGAGGCCGCAGCGUUGAUAGCGUUCAACAUUUGCCGGAGCUUCUCUGCCAAUGA